GAUCUCUCUCCCGCCAUGGCCUACCGCGGAGGCGGAGGCCGGGGAGGUCGCGGCGACCAGCAGCAGGAGCAGCAGCAGUACGGCGGAGGCCGGGGCGCGCCGGCAGGAGGAGGGCGCGGGGCCACGGGACGCCCGCCCCCGCGCGCGUCGUCAGCGCCUCGCCCCGCCGCGACGGCGCCCUGCACGCCCAUGGUGGCCGACAAUCCCAACGCCACGGGGCCGCACCAGGGCGCCUACCAGCACGGCGUCGUCGUCCGCAACCCCGCACCGGCGCCCUACGCCACCGUCCGCGCGCCUUCGCCCGCGGUCACCAUCCGCGCCCCCUCGCCCACGCCGGCCACCAUCCGCGCUCCUGCUCCGUCGGCCUCGCCAGCCGCGGCCCCGUUCCAGCCGGCCCGCGUCUCCGCCUUCGCUCCGCCGACCCCCGCUGCCGUCGCCAAGGAGCUCGAGCAGAAGCUCUUCGUCACGGAGACCGCGCUGGCGCCGACGCAGGCGGGGCAGCUCGAGGAGGAGAAGGCGCCCGAGGUGGACCUCGCGCCGGUGUCGAAGAAGGGGCUCGCCCACCCCGCGCGGCCCGGCGCCGGCACCGUGGGCAAGAAGGUGAUGAUCCGCGCCAACCAUUUCCUCGUCAACGUCGCCGACAACAACCUCUUCCACUACGAUGUCUCAAUCAACCCGGAGUCAAAAUCGAGAGCUGUGAACAGGGAGGUACUCAGUGAGCUAAUCAAGUUGCACGGGAAGACAUCCCUCGGGGGCAAAUUGCCUGCCUAUGAUGGAAGAAAGAGUCUCUACACUGCAGGCUCACUCCCUUUUGAGUCUGAGGAGUUUUCUGUUACACUGGUUGAUCCCGAAAAGAAAGACAAAGAAAAGGCUGAAAGGGAGUACAAGAUCACCAUUCUGAUUGCUGGGAGGACAGACCUGUACCACCUCCAGCAGUUUCUCAAAGGAAGACAGAGGGAUAUGCCUCAAGAAACCAUCCAAGUUCUUGAUGUUGUCCUCAGGGAGUCACCAUCCUGGAACUAUGUCACAGUGUCCAGAUCCUUCUUCUCCACCACCUUUGGUCACAGAGGAGACAUUGGUGAAGGAUUAGAGUGCUGGAGAGGUUACUACCAGAGCUUAUGUCCAACCCAGAUGGGGCUGUCACUCAAUAUAGACAUAUCUGCAACAUCCUUCUUCAAGCCUGUGACAGUGGUCCAGUUUGUGCUAGAGUUCCUCAACUUACGUGAUGCCUCGCGGCCUCUGACAGACAGGGACCGUGUUAAGAUAAAGAAAGCACUCCGUGGGGUGCGUGUCGAAACAAACCACCAGGAAGACCAAAUCAGAAGAUACAAGAUAACAGGGAUUACUCCUGUUCCCAUGAGCCAGCUCACAUUUCCUGUUGAUGAGAGAGGAACAAGAAUGUCAGUUGUUCAGUACUUCAUGCAAAGAUACAAAUACAAUCUGCAGUAUACUUCUUGGCCCUGCUUGCAGUCUGGAAGUGAUGCUCGGCCUGUGUAUCUGCCUAUGGAGGCGUGCAAGAUUGUUGAAGGGCAAAGGUACUCUAAGAAACUGAAUGACAAGCAGGUCACCAACAUACUUAGAGCUACCUGUCAACGUCCCCAGCAGCGGGAGCAAAGCAUUCGUGAGAUGGUUCUGCACAACAAGUAUGCUGAGGACAAGUUUGCUCAGGAGUUCGGAAUCAACGUCUGCAGUGACCUGGUCUCUGUUCCAGCCCGUGUGCUGCCUCCCCCCAUGUUGAGAUAUCAUGAUUCUGGAAAGGAGAAAACUUGUGUGCCAAGUGUUGGACAGUGGAACAUGAUUAACAAGGUUGGGCGGCCACCUUCCAUUGAGAAGGCCUUUACUAGAUUUGGUGUUCCGGCUUUGAAAAAUAUCCCAACCAUUAUCUUUGGUGCUGAUGUUACACCCCCCCCACCUGGAGAGGACUCUGCAUCAUCUGUUGCUGCGGUGGUGGCAUCAAUGGACUGGCCAGAGAUCACCAAGUACAGUGGUCUUGUCUCUGCUCAACCACACAGGCAGGAGAUAAUCGAAAACCUCUUCAGUGUCACCAAAGAUCCGCAGAGGGGUAAUGUCAAUGGUGGCAUGAUCAGGGAGUUACUGAUUGCCUUCCGCAGGAAGACAGGCCGGAGGCCUGAGAGGAUACUCUUCUACAGGGAUGGCGUAAGUGAAGGCCAAUUCAGCCAUGUUCUGCUUCAUGAAAUGGACGCAAUCAGGAAGGCCUGUGCCUCAUUGGAGGAGGGUUAUCAACCCGAGGUCAAUUUUGUUCCUGUCGAGAAGAAACAUUACACCAGGCUACUCUCUGGGGAUCAUGGGAGGCAUGAUAUGACUGACAAAAGUGGAAACAAACUUUCUGGUCUUGUCACGGCUCAUGAAAAUAAUGGGCAGCACAUACCCAUCGAUAUAUCUAUUGUCAGUCAAGCCGGUAGAUUAGUAGUACAGUUCCCUUUCAACAGUACGUGUUAUUCACUGAAGACUGCUAUUGAAAAGAAACUGAAUGUUUCAAUCAAUAGUUGUUCAUUGUAUCUUGCAAGAAAGCCUAUUGACUACGGAAAGACCCUAGCUUACUAUGGCUUACGGGAUAAGUCUGUGCUUAGGAUGGAGGCAAAAUUGCUAGGCGGUGCUUCUAUUGGGGUUCCUCAAACGGUUGCUCAAACUUUCUCAGACCAAACCUUAAAAGAAUACAGUGCUGAUAGCACCAAGUUCUUUCGAACGGUGUCUGUUCGAGAUAAAGACAGGCCUGGGAGACGCCGUCGUAUUACAGUAUUCAACAAGAAUGGCAAUAUUCUUGGUCUUAGUGUAGUAGAUCAACUGAAGAAGGCAAUAAAAAAUAAAAAAUCAUGGAAUGGGCAACUGAAAAAGGAGGAUUUUAGGGUAGUUGAUGGGCGGGCUGUGAUAAUUAAAGAGCCUAUUUAUGGUAUUAAUGCUGUUAAUUUGCCCAAGGAUUGCAAAAAAAUAUUGAAAAUUCUAAAGAAAAUCUUUAAGACAGAAAUCAAUGGGGCCGAUGCACCUUUUCUGCGAUGGAACCCUUUCCUCACAGAUUUGCUAACAGUGUUAGAAUCUGCAGCAUUCAGCGACCUUUACUGGCUAGUUCCAUUUAUCAAGACGAAUUUUGCUUUUAAGACGCCUAUCCAACGCGGAAAUGCUUCUUAUAAUAUUAUAAGAUAUUAUGAAGGUUUGAACGGGCUAGACAAGUUUGUUUUCGAAGCAAUUGUUAACGGGGUCCCUGUUCCGACUGACUGGUUGUCACUCAAAUUGCAAACACACUACUUCUUUAGAAAAACAAUACAGUAUGCCUUAAACAAAUAUGGGUUCACGUACUCUUUGACUUCGUUCGGAUGCUUCAAAUUUCAAAGAAAUAAAACGACUCAUGAUGGGAUAGUGUCUCCAUGGCACUUGAGUGACCACGAGAUUUCUAUGCUCUUAAGAAGUUUUGUUGCGGAGGUUGUUCGGGAGCUCUUGAAGCAACGUGUCCCGAUCAAGAAGGCCUUGCAAUCCAAAUUGGUGGUGGCAUCAAUGGACUGGCCAGAGAUCGCCAAGUACAGAGGUCUUGUCUCUGCUCAACCACACAGGCAGGAGAUAAUCGAAGACCUCUUCAGUGUCACCAAAGAUCCGCAGAGGGGUAAUGUCAAUGGUGGCAUGAUCAGGGAGUUACUGAUUGCCUUCCGCAGAAAGACAGGCCGGAGGCCUGAGAGGAUACUCUUCUACAGGGAUGGCGCAAGCGAAGGCCAAUUCAGCCAUGUUCUGCUUCAUGAAAUGGACGCAAUCAGGAAGGCCUGCGCCUCAUUGGAGGAGGGGUAUAUGCCCCCAGUCACCUUUGUGGUUGUCCAGAAAAGGCAUCACACCAGGCUGUGCCCUGAGGUUCAUGGGAGGCGUGAUAUGACUGACAAGAGUGGGAACAUACUUCCAGGAACUGCGAUGACGCUGAUUGGUGCUGAUGUUACGCACCCCCCACCUGGAGAGGACUCUGCAUCAUCUAUUGCUGCGGUGGUGGCAUCAAUGGACUGGCCAGAGAUCACCAAGUACAGAGGUCUUGUCUCUGCUCAACCACACAGGCAGGAGAUAAUCGAAGACCUCUUUAGUGUCACCAAAGAUCCGCAGAGGGGUAAUGUCAAUGGUGGCAUGAUCAGGGAGUUACUGAUUGCCUUCCGCAGGAAGACAGGCCGGAGGCCUGAGAGGAUACUCUUCUACAGGGAUGGUGUAAGUGAAGGCCAAUUCAGCCAUGUUCUGCUUCAUGAAAUGGAUGCAAUCAGGAAGGCCUGCGCCUCACUGGAGGAGGGGUAUAUGCCCCCAGUCACCUUUGUGGUUGUCCAGAAAAGGCAUCACACCAGGCUGUUCCCUGAGGUUCAUGGGAGGCGUGAUAUGACUGACAAGAGUGGGAACAUACUUCCAGGAACUGUGGUUGACCUCAUGAUUUGCCACCCUACAGAGUUUGAUUUCUACUUGUGCAGCCAUGCUGGCAUUCAGGGAACUAGCAGGCCAACACACUACCAUGUUCUUUAUGAUGAGAAUCACUUCACAGCCGAUGCGCUUCAGUCACUGACCAACAAUCUCUGCUACACCUAUGCUCGUUGCACUCGUGUGGUCUCUGUUGUCCCACCGGCGUACUACGCCCAUCUCGCCGCAUUCUGCGUGCGCUACUACGUGGAAGGGGACAGGUCGAACGGCGGGUCAACCCCUGGGAGCAGCGGGCAGGCGGCGAUUGCGCGCGAGGGCCCCGUGGAGGUGCGCCAGCUCCCAAAGAUCAAGGACAACGUCAAGGAUGUCAUGUUCUACUGCUGAGCUCCUGUGGAGGGAGCUGUUCCUUGUGCGACCUACCCUAGCCUGAGUUAUGUGUGAGAGAGCCUGAGAUGGCGAUGACUCUGUUUUGCCGUGGAGCCUGUUGCUCGUAGUUAUCUUGUUCAGUUCGUAGUAGCCAGGAUAUCUAUGACUCUGUCUUUGUUACCUUAAACUCUAUUUGAGACCUAUCCUAUGCAAGUGGUUUUGCUA